AUCUGCUCUUGCACCUUAAUUUUUUUAACGGUGUACUUCGAUUGGUCCGAGCAUUCUCUGAACCUUUCGUAUCACUUCAGAAUUAAUCAGGUAAGAAUCAGCCGUGGAGAGAAUGAGAAAGGAGUCUUUACAGCCAUUAUUAAUUCUUGCAAAACAAAAUGAUGAAAAGAAAAUCUAAACAGAAGGCAAACAGGAUGGUGAAAAAAGGGAAGAGCGACGUGCGAGAGAUAAUUUAAGAAUCCAAGCGAAGAAGAAGCGGGCAGAAAAGACAAAAGUGGCACGGCGUGUUAACGAAAAGGGCAGAUGGGAGCGAGCAACAAAGGAGGACGGGAUAAAAAACGGAUAUAAAGUGAUGAACAGUAGAAAUGGGAGACAAAGAGGGAGUGAGCGAGAAACGGAGAGAGAGAGAGAGUGACAGAGAGAGGCAAAAAGAGGAGGAGAGAAAGACCGAGCCGGCGGGGCGAUGCGGGGGACGGAGGGGGGCUGGAGAUGAUGCUUCCCGGGAUUGUGCGCGCAGCUCCGUUCAAGGCACAGUCACUCGCUGAAGAGGAGACGCUCUGGACAGAGGCAGCAACAAAAAGAAAAAGAGACCCCAAAAGAGAUCGCAGCACUAUCAGCAACUCUAACCGCACCGACCCCUGAGGAGAGUCAGCCCACCCCGGAGCGCACUUCUUCUCACUUGAUGAACACUAAGCACGCCUUCUGCACGGGUGGCGUGAAGCGGACCCAGAAAUCAACCAUCCAAGUCGGGAGGCUGGCACGAGCGCUGCUUGGACCGGGCGCCUUCCCGACGUCUUCUUUGAAAGCGUUCUCUUCACUUUUUGUUUGUUGGCCUUUUGCAACUACCGGCAGGCAGAGAGAGAAGCUGCGCAUUUAAGCCUCUUGGAUAUUCUUUUUUGUUUUUUAAGCUUCGGCUGCGGGCUGUUAAGAGACAGCGGGAACUGAGAGCUCGUCUCGCCGAUGACAGUUUUGACACUUGUUAGUUCUUUUUUUCGGUCUUUGGAGGCUUUUUAUUUUUAUUUGUAUUUAUUUAUUUAUUUUUUCUUGAGCUGCGCAUUGAAACAAGAAAGCCAAGAGCGCGCACAUGCUGUCGUGCGCUUAAACAGCGUGAUUGAGAAUAUUUGCGGUCUUUUGUCAGAGUGGAGACGCUCACUUGAUUUGGCGUUUGCUUUUUAGCAGCCACACCCCCUUAUCGUUGUUGGAGAAGGUCAAUGCGGGCUGAGCAACUGAUUCCAUUUGCUUUCCAUUAAAAGAUGCAAUUUUCCUAAAACUUUUUACUCCUCAAGAGCGGAUCAUUUUGGUUGCAAUUUACAUUAUAUUAAAAAAAGGACUUAAUUUCAAUGCAUAUAUUUAUGUAUGCACGUCAACUUCAAUCAGUGACAGAUGACUCGACCUCCAGCUUAUAAAGUCCAUCCAAUCAGCCAGUUAACUAACAGCCGCUGAGGAAGCGCUGCACUUCAUUCGUCCACAUUGUGUUCCUGAAUGGCCAGAGAGAUGGAUUACUUUGUGACCAGCAAGAUCUUGAGCUACAUCCUGUGGGUCAGCCUCUUCUCUUUAUGGACGCUGGUCACUUUAGUGCAGAAUUCCAAGAAUGCAGAGAUGGAUCCUGACAUACCAGUUAACCAAACACAGGUUCCAACAGAAGCAACCAUACCUACCCCAGAAACUGACCUCUUGGACCCACCGAUGGGUAGCCGAUGCAGAGGCUACUAUGAUGUUAUGGGCCAGUGGGACCCCCCUUUUAACUGUAAUGCUGGGAUGUAUUUAUACUGCUGUGGCACAUGCGGCUACAGGUUCUGCUGUCAGUUUCGACAUGAUCGACUGGACCAGACAGCCUGUUCCAACUAUGACACUCCAAACUGGGCCAACACGGGCAAACCCCCAGCCCCCAUUAACGAAAUUCACAAUGACCCAGACAGAGACCGGACCAAUAUGAUUGUGUAUGUCAUCUGCGGGGUGGUGGCAAUUAUGGUCUUAGUGGGGAUUUUCACUAAGCUUGGGUUGGAGAAGUCUCAAGGCCCACAGACUGAUAUGACCUCUUCAAGGACGCUCACGGAUCUCCUCAAGCAGCCUGGUGCAGGACCGGGUGACCACAUCCGAGUGGAUGGGACAGGGGGGAGCAUACAGGUGCCCAUCGGAGGAAAUGGCCUCUCCACCAGGACACUGAGAAGUGGAACAGAUCCGAAUCAUCUGAACAACGCCACGGUGGUUCCCUUGGGAUCUCAGCUUGGACUGGCACACCCUCACAACAACUUGAGUACCACACUGUCACUUCCUGGACCUCAUUACAACAAGUAUGCUUCACUAAAAGCUGUUGCUGAAACAGCUGCAAGCGAGUAUUACAAACGCUUUCCUAUGGCAGACAUCACGGCUCCAGGAACACCUACAUUUCAGCCUGUAAGCCUACAUACCAAGGACAAAUCCCUGCAGCCUACGUCGGAUAUUCACACCCCGCUGACCAUUGCAGUGACCUCCACUCCCACACAGAAGACUAAAGUGAGUAAAACCAAUACACACCCUCUGACAUCCAGCUCUGCCUUCCAAGCCUGGGACCCAAGUAAGAACCAUCCUCCUACUCACACGGGCAAUCGGCGUCAUGCUUAUACUAACAAGCGGCAGUUCAGCAUCGAGACACUGCCAGAGCUCUUCACUCAACCUCUGGGCUAUGGGACCCAGUCAGCAGGACACGCUAACAGGCCAUACAGCACCAACAGCAAGACAGAAGUCACAGUGUAAAAGAUACACUUUGGGGGCUCUCGUCACAAAGGGUGCCCAGCAGUCCCUUCUUUCUUUGCCACCCACCUACUGCAGUGGCAGACUUGCCAACUUCUCUUCUCUCAGCACUUUCAAACAUGUUGCAUUCUCACAUAGGGAUGGGUGUCUCCCUACGACGGAUUCUGAAAUUCUCUUCUAUGAUUCACUUUAAUGGAGCCUAUUUUAUAUUGGUUUGUUGUGAAGAAUAAAAACUUCUUGUGCCAAUGUCGACGAUGCCAAGAGAUCAUGUGAGACUGAAAGCCUGAUUUUAUUUGUGCCUGGCCCAGUGCUGAGCAUUCUACAAACAAUAACCACAGUACAGAGGCAAAUGGGCUACGAUGAUCUGCCAGUGAUCUAUGAGUACCAGCCCUCUGUGACCCCUUGAGCAAAGGAUGCCUUGACACAAGUCAGGCAGGGUCUGUAUCUAGAACUGAAGGACCUCUACAAACGCAUUAAAGUGCAAAGAUAGUGUCUGGUUAUUGCAGCUGUCUUGGGAAUCAAACUAUGGUACUCACUCAAGGCCUCGUUAUCGUAAAAUUCUCUAGUAGCAGAAGUGAAAUCACACAGCCACAUCUGAGCCUACAACCAUGCAGCUCAUUUCCUUAACUUUGAAAAUCGGUCAGGUGUUCUGUAGGCCUCACUAAGAGUCCCUUCUGUUAUAUGGUGGACAGAUCAAUGUUAAGCACUUGGGCCCACAACAACAAAAACAUGAAUUAUGGUCUCGCCAUGGACUUUUGUAUUUAUGUUGACUCUGACCUGUGACUGCUAAACUGAGCCUUAUCCUCUAUGAUUUAGCAGAGAAAGGAGCAAAUACAUGAGCAGAAAUCAAUUCUGAGAUCUCUGCCAUUCCAGGGGUGUUCUAGGACCCCACGUAGCAAUGCACAGCAUGGAGUGACAAGCAGCAGCCAAGAUCUUAAAGCCAAUCCUUUACUUUGAGCUUAUCUUACUUCAUUAUGUCCUGAGGGAUCCACAAAAAGCGUCAAUAGUAAUCAAGGCCUGGAGUCGCGAUGGUGGCCAAGGUGUCAGAUUUAACGCUGACCAUCACAUUUGGCACGUUUUUUCUCUCAGAGCAGAUGGCAUUUUAAGACAGCUAUCCAAAUCAUGAAAGUCACACUGAUAUUUCAAAUGCAUCAACACUGCACUUUUUGGACAUGCUACAAAAUUCCAAAUGAUAGAACAGGAAGAGACUAAUCCCAACAUGAAAUAAUCAACUUGACUGUCGGCAGAAGGCUGGAAAUAUAAACUUAAAUUGUGUGGAAAUAAGCAUGCUGGAAAGAAAGGAACUGAAGAACAUAAGAAAUGUUCAAUUGGAAAUUCUGCGAAGGAUUACGCUGUGUGAAAGCACUCCAAGCAAAUAGAGGACUUACGUGUGAAAUAUGUGAAUGUAAGUUUUAAUCAAUUAACCAACACACAAAAUGUGAAAUAUCUUGGAAAGGAGUUAAUAGUAAGACGCCUGACAGCUACCAACAGUAAAUGUGGAAGAUCACAUUUUAAAGGGUUAAGACAUUUCUCAACACACCUAAACAAAAUGUAGGGGCUUGAAAGAAUGUUAAUGUGUAAAUGAAACAGACAUGAAAGCUUCCAAAUAAACAUAAUUAAAAAACAAGAAACCGUCACAGUUCCAAGAGUGAACAAACUAAAGGAAUACAUUCUAAAACAUAAAUGUGUCAGUUUUAAAUAGGAGGAUGCAUUAAGUUUAGACGCAAUCAGAGUCACAAGCCACCCACCCUUAAUGGCAUCUACACUAUGGCUAGUCACACUCAGACAAGGAAACUAGUUUACCUUGUGAAGUCCACCGUGAAUGCUGGGAGAAAAUGUCAACUCCAUAUUGGUCACUAUUAGACUGGAAUUUAAUACUGGUCUGUGAAGUUGUAAGGUGGCCCUGCAGAACACUCACCUGCAAUCUAAAACUAUAAAUGAAAAACUAAAUGCAGAGUUCUGAGAUCUUACAUAUGUAAAAUCUGUACAAAUGAACAAAUACACAAAUGUAAAUGUAAGUACUAACAGCAGGACAUUGUGAUUUUAAUGAGGAAUAUAAGGAGGAAGAUUUCAGGAACGUCUGAAAGUGUCAAAUAAAUGUCAAGUUGGGGAUCUGAGCAAAGUCAAAAAAACUGCAAUACAGACAAAUAAAACUAAAAGGUAAUGCUGCACUGCUCAUUAAUGCAUCUUCGUGGAACGUACAAUAACAACAACAACAUUUAUUUAUACAGCACAUUUUCAUACAAAUAAUGUAGCUCAAUGUGCUUUG